AACAUUUCAUGGAAAUCAAACACAAUACUUUUACCAGCACAUUGUAUAGAACCAUAGCAAAGGGCUUUGGUGAGAAGGCGAUCAGUAUAGCGGCACCAGGACAAUUCAGGUGAACAGCAAAACGGAAUCCAAAGCAACUCAUUGGCUGUCGUCAUUGCAAAUGCUGCACGUUCAUCUUGCAAAGUUCGUCUCAAGAAUUAGGAAAAUGUUCCUGGUACAUCUGCUUUUUGCAUUGACCUUCAAUAAAGUCAUGGCUGCUGAUAAUAAUAAACGUUCGGUGAUUUUUGAAGUGAUACAAAACCCAACAAACGAGCAUACAAGCAUGUUCCAUGAAUCAUUUCACGAAUGUAGCAGAAAUGGACCAUGCAAUUUUGUUGCAAAGAAUAUAUCAACACGCAAAUAUUAUACAUACAACAAAGAAGAUGAUAUUCCUCAAGACCGGAAAAUGCUAAUAAUAUGGAAACGAAAAAGAAAGUAUUCAUGUCUUGAUUGGCGAUACGACUCUGCAAUGGUCAAUGGGAUAUACAGAAUAUCAGAUGAUGACGGAGUUGAAUUCAACGUUUACUGCGACUUCAUAUCAGAGCCUAACUCAGUAUGGACCCUGAUCGAAUCAUUUUCUUUGGGUAAAAACAAUUUGUUCAAGAACAAGCCAUUCAAAAUUGAUUUCUCUUACAGUGAAGAUUCUCCAAACUGGGGCAGUUACAGACUCAGCAAGACAAGGAUCGAGAAAAUCAAGUCAAGAUCAACCCACUGGAGAGCAACAUGCAGCUUCGAUGUUUUUGGCAUUGAUUAUCGAGACUACGUCCGAUUCAAACUUUCUGCAUUUGAUCCACUUUGCUGUUAUAUAAGUAAAGCUCCUAUACAUGUAGAAUUUGUAAACAUUAGAGGGUACAGCGCUACGGAGCAAUUAGUUGAUUUUUGGCAAGAUGAAGAAGAACAUCUAAAUAUUGACUCUGAGAAAAAUGUCAAUUUUUUGCAAGCAAAGGAAGGAUCCGUUAAAAGUGAAGAUAAUUUUGGACUAUAUGAAUACAAAAAUUCAGCAUUCCGAUGCACUGCCAAUAGCCGCAGCACUACUCAACAUUGGAUUGGAACGAACUACCCUUGACUCUGUUUUUAUUUGCCACAGUUUUAUGUUAUGAUUCAAAUAGAAUCGAGAUUUUGAAUUACCAUCGUGUUCCCGCAAAUCACAGUGUAAAAAAUAUAUAAAAGCUAAAGUUAUUAGAUAUGCCUGUUCCAACCCCCCCCGCUCUUAUUGGGACCCCUCGCCAAUUGGCAGUUUUGUGUUAAUUACAGUAGUGAAGAAAACGUAACAUAAGCUAAAUUUUGUCAAUGAUAGAUAAUAGCGAUAAAAUAGUGAAAUAAGCGCACUGAUUUUAAAUGUAUUUUCAGUAUUCAGUAUAUGUAACUUCAUAAUUAAAGCCUCCCCAGUAAUUGGAACCCUCCUCCACCAAUUAGUGUUGAACAUAAAAUCCAACCCCCACCGGUUUUUCUGCCCCCCCCUCCCCGCCCGGCAAUUUUUCCAACCCCCCUCCCCUCGCUCUUAUUAGGACGCCCCGCAAAUUGAUUUUGACACUUUUGUGUUAAUUUGCAGUAGUGAAAUAAGCGUAACAGAAGCUAAAAGUUGUCAAUAGAAAAUAAUAGCUAUAAAAUAGUGAAAUAAGCGCACUGAUUUUAAAUGUAUUAUGAGUUUUCAAUAUAUGUAACUUCAUAAUUUAGACCUCCCCGGUAAUUUGAACCCCCCCCACCAAUAAUUGUUGAACAUAAAAUCCGACCCCCAGCGUUUUUUCUGCCCCCUCCGGCACCUAUGAGUAUGACACAAACCAA